UGUGGUUCCUGCCUCAAGUUUUUCCUUCUGAAUUUUUACAUAAAGACACAUUUCCGAUGCGUUACCGGUUUGAUAACGACCGACAUACACAUGAAUCGGAGGCUGGUGACCACUUCCUGUUCCUGUCAGUCACGCUGGCGUCAGUAGGCUGGUCUGUGGGUGUUUUCAGGAUCAAUGGCGUCCUGUGAGUCAGACUGGCUCUCAGCAUGCUGUAACAUCCUCCUGUGUGCCACAGCGCUGCACUGCUCCUACAAACUCUUCAAGAACCACAGAGCUCCUUCAGUGGGCCUCUUCGCGCUGGGGCUCUCUGCAGCGUUCUGCCUCUUUCGUUUUCACAGCUCAUACCUCGCCGCCCUCCAGAGGGAGGCAGAGUGGGCCGCGAAGGCGCUGGCCCCGGCCCUGGUGUCCUUCGACUACCUCUGGCUCAGUGAGGACCGCAACACGGCGCGCAUCCUGCUGUGCGGCUCCUGCCUGCUGCUCACGGGGGCAGACUGGCUCUCUGCGGACUCCCUGACCGUCAUGACUCACUGCCUGGGCCUGUCGUCUCUGUCCUGCUGCCUCACCGUGUGCCUGUUUGCCGGGAAUGCUUUAGGGGCCCUCGGGGGCGUGGCCCUCAACCUCCCCUUACUUGUGACUGUGAAUGCUGAAGUGGACACUGUGGCGUCGCUCGUUUCUCCAGCUGCAUCAAGGGACCUGUUGAACUGGAUCAUGAAGGGGUCGUUGGCGAUCGGCUGUUGGACUUCACGGCUGGCGCUCGAAAAGUUUCGGCUGGAUGUGAACGACCGAUACCAAAUAAGCUUUUGAUUUUGUGGAGCCACGGGCGAUAAAAUCUGUUCAUUAAUGAAAAUGUGUCGGGGAGAGUGUGCCUAACUAGUUAUUCUUCUCAGAUAACAAAUUUAUGUGUAUGCAGUUUUUGAAUGUGAUAUAUUUUUGACUACAAAUGUGUGUUACUUAUUUUUAUUCACUGAGAAAUGCAACUGAUAUCACUUUUCUGAUAUAUUAACACUAAAUCGUUGUUACAGCAACCAUUAGUUAGAAUCAGUGUCUAUCACACACUACAUUUUUCAUUAGCAAAACACAAUCCUCCAUUCAAACUUCAUGUAGCGCCUUUCAGACACACAGAAGGCAAUACAGAAUACUUUACAGAAUAUAUAACAAAAAUCAUUCAAUGGAUCACUAAAUAAGUAAAUACAAGUGUUAUAAUACAAUAAAUAGCUGAUGGUGUUUCAAUAAACAAAAGUAACUUGUGCAGGGAAUUUCAAAAAUGGCUAAUCAGAUUAUAUUUUUUAGAUUUUGAUGAAUUCCUGUUAUAGGAGUUAUAAUAACUCACAUUGCAGACUUGGUUAGUUUUGAUGAUGAAUGUUCUUGCAACAACUGUGCACUGAACAGAGUUCCUCCACACUCAUGGUCAAGAUUUAACCCACCAAGGUCAACAAUGAUGUAUCACCAUCAAGAGUGGAAAAAGAAAUGAUUUGGAUUUGUGUUUACAGCCAUUUGAAAAUGAUCGCUUAAAGAAAACAUGUUGUUAUUAAUGUAAUGAAUAAUAACAUGACAAAGUUACACAUCAGUCUGUUUUAAACUCACCUCUGUCUAUGAAAUAAUAAACAGUAUAGAGCAGUUUUCCGUACUGUAUAUGAAGAAAAGCAACAUACGGACAUCAACGCUGGUUUCCUGACAAUAGAAAGAAACUGAUGUGAGAGUGCAGCUGUAAAGACAGUGAAGCUGACAAGUAGCUUUUUCAUCUUUCACUGAGUGUUUCAGUUAUGCAACACAUGUAAAUCUGAAAAAUAACAGCAACUUCAGGAUCAAAGCCCAUUUGUUCUGCAGCCUCAGCAAAACUUGUGUGAAAGCCCAGCAUCUGGUUCUUACUUCACCAUGACUGCGUGAAACUUACCGUUGCACUGAUUUUUUUUUUCCAUUUUCCCUUUUUUUUUUUUUUUUUUUGUUGCAGCUGCGCUGUUACCUGAAAUGACCCCGUCUGUUCAACUCGCUGCCAAAUAAAUGAGUUAUCUCCUUAUCUCCUGCCCACAGUGCUGUCCGGGCCAGAUAUCGAUAUUAUUCACACAGAUUUGAAGCGGACACUGCAGAUGCUCUCUCAGGGUUUCAGGGGUGUGAGCAGCUGCCUCAGCCGCUCACUGCAGUAUGUCUGCCAGCAUCUGUGGCUCUGCGCCUGUCCAGGACGCUGCCUUUCUUAGACUUAAAGGUGGGGGAAAACAAUGAUGCUUUUAACUUUACUGCUAAUUUGGAUAAACAUUUGCAACUUUGAAGAGAGACAGACAUCUUCAUGAUGGUUGUUCUUGGGAAUUUUCACAAUAUUUCAUUUUUUUGUCUAUUUAAUGGCCGGGUGGAAGUAUCUAAGUAUAAUGUCAUUUGUAUUAUUUUCUUGAUAAA